UAUGUAAAAGAAGCAACUUUAGAUCAAUGGAUUUAAGUAUGUAUAAUAUAAUAAGCAAGUUAGUCAUCCUAAAUGUCUUACUCAAAGUAGAUCUCCAAAAUACUAAGCAAAACCUGUUGAACCUUAAAUUAUAAAAUAGAUCACUUAAUUAAUUAAAAGCUCAAAAGAUAGGCACACUGAAAGACAAUAUAAACCAUCAGAAAAAUCAAAGCCAAAUUAAGUUAUUCAACCUUAAAUUACAUCAAGACCAACAGAAAGUAGAGAUAUUUCAAUAACAUUUCAUCAAUUGUUGCAAGAAUUUAGAAAUCAAAAUAAACAAAAUAAGGAGAAUUCAUUUAAUAAUAUUAAUAAGCCUUCUUAAAAAGUUAGACAAAUUAGUUUUCCUAAUACGGUUCUUCUUAGCAAUACAAAUAGUAGAACACGUAUCAAAGAUAGUAUGUAUUUGAAUUAAGGAGAUUGUAAUGAUAAAUUAACUUUAAAAUUACAAUCUAUAGCUCAUAAUUCAUAAAUUUAAAAUAAUGAUAAAUUAAGAUUUAAUGGAGUUAUCGAAAAUAUGUAUCGUUGUUCUUAAGAGUAUCAAAACUUAUUAAUUGAAAUGAAAGAUGAUUUGAAAAAUAAAGAUUCUCAUUUUAGAAAAAGUUCACAAAGAUGUGUAUCUGCAGAUAUAUAAUUAUUAUCUAAAAGUCCAAUUUAAAAAUCUAGAUCUUCUUCUAUAGAUCAUAAAGAAUCUAGAUUUUUAGGUUCUACUUAAGCUAAUUCAAAUCCAAAAGAUUUAGAUUUGACUUGUGAUGAAAAUGAAAUAGUUAUAAAUAAUGUGAAUAUAGAAGAUAGAAUAAAAACAGAGCCUGAUCCUUUAAUUUAAUAGGAGAGAGAUUAUUUAACUGAUCCAUAUUAUUUAACAGAAUAGAGUGAUAUCAAUUAACUGAUGAGAGCUAUUCUUAUAGAUUGGAUGAUGGAAGUAGCUAUGGAAUUCAGAUUAAAAAGAUAAACUUUUCAUCUAUCAAUUUUCUAUUUAGAUUCAUAUUUAUCUAAAAGAUAAGUAAAUAAAUAGAAUUUAUAACUUAUUGGUUUGGCUAGUUUAUUGAUAGCAAAUAAAGUAGAAGAAGUUAUACCAAUUGGAGUUAAAUAAUUUGAGAAAGCUGCUAAUUAUGGUUAUACCAAAGAUGAAAUACUAAAUAUGGAAUUAACCAUACUAUUUGUAAAUAUAAAUUAUUAAUUUUUAUAGACUUUAAAAUGGCAUGUAAAUCCUCCUUCUUAUACUUAUUGGAUAAAUUGGUUUACAGAUCAAUGGGAUAUUUAUGCAGAGAAUUAUGGUUUAAAUGUCUAAUUUAGAAAACCAAAUGAAGAAUCUUAUCAAUGUAAUCCAAAUUUAAUUAAAAGUGUUUAGAAAACUAUGUUAAUUAGUAGAUUGUACAUUGAUGGACAUCUAAACUUUGUAAUAUAUGCCAAGAACUAUAGUUGCAUCAUUCAUGUAUUUAAUCAUUUCUUUUUAACUUAAUGUAUAUGAUUAAGAUAUGCUUGAAAUAAUGUCAUAAACUUCAAUGUUUCUAUUAAAUAGUAUAAUUAUUUAUUUAUAAUAUAGAGGAUAAUUAAUUUAACAUAAUUUUUGGACAAUUUGUACAAACUACAUUUGGAUUUGCCUUAUAAGAUAUUUUACCAGCCAUCCAAUAUGCAGUUGGUUUCUAUGAACUCAAUAUUAAUUAUGAGACACCUCCUGGAGUUGUAGAUUUAUCAAACACACCUUUAGAAGUAAUGCUUAACAAUAAUCAUAGUCAAACUAUGAAGAGUUUCUUUCAUUUCAAUGUUAUUCUAAAUCAUUACUUGAAUAUAUUAGACACAAAUCAAGAGAUUGA